AUGGAUUAUUCAACCUGGCUUUACUUCAUUGUAUUCCUAUGAGGGACUUUCCUAACUUGGUCGUAUUACUACGGGAUUUUCAACCGGAUGCAGAUCCACACAAUAACAUUGCCACAGUGAGAGCUAAUGUAUUUCUGAGUGAGAGGAGAAUACUCCCAGAAAUUGCCAGACCAAUUCAAAAAAAUACACAACCUUAUUCAGGAGAACAAGAGCGCCCAUAAAGCAUUCAACAGGCAAGGCAAGCUCAUGUUCGGAAUGUACUAUGACAACCCUGAAAAAGUCAAGGAUGUCAACAAGAUGAGAGCAGUGGUCGGGUUCUUGUUCACUCCAAAAGACCAGACAGAGAGGGAUCUCAUCAUUGAGCAUCUUGGGAGACUAGGCAUGAAGUACGCUAAGAUUGCCAAAACAAAAGCUUUAUUCACCAGAUUUGAAGUCAAAGUCCCAGCUAUUGUGUCCUACAUGGUGGCGCCAGCCCAAUUUUACAAUCAAGUUGAGAAGUACAUCAGAAGGAGGAAGCCAUUACGAGAGAUGGUUGCCAAAUGAGAGACUGCCAACCAAUGCGGCUUUGAAAUAUACACAGAUUCUUACCUAUACUUCCAUAAGCCUUUGGAGAACUUCGACCAGUUUGACUUGACUGAGCAUGGGACUCCUGCUCUGAAGAGAGUCAAAGGUCAAAAGUUGUCUACAUAUAAAAAUCUUUAAGCUUUUGAUAAUUUCAAUUA